CCAGGCUGACCCCCACUCUCGCAUGCUCGCGGCGGCGCCUUCUGAAGCCGGCGCGCUCCGUGCCGCCUAUGAAAGCUCACCGUCCAGAUCAGAUCAAGAUACAUACAGGACGGUGUCUGACUCAUCCACCGCUGCUUUGCCUUGUAGGACUCCUCUAGAUUCCACCGGUACCGUCCCCUAAACCCCCGCCGCCCCUGAGCCGACCACCCUGAGCGAACCCCGACGACCAUGGCCUCCUCCCUCCUCUCCCCCGCUAAACCCUACUGCUCCACCAAAACUCCCGCCCCCAUUGCCAACCGCCUGCCAUCCCCAUCCCCAACACUCUCCUUCCGCGCCGCCCCCCGCUUCGCCCAUGGCCUCGCCGCCGCCGCCGUCGGCGCGAACCCUAGCGCCCGCCGUCACCGCCGCCUCCGCGCGCUCGCCCGCCCCAUCCGGGCGUCCCAGCUGCCGCGGCGGCCCGAGUACGUCCCCAGCCGCAUCGACGACCCCAGCUACGUCCGCAUCUUCGACACCACGCUCCGCGACGGCGAGCAGUCCCCGGGCGCCACCAUGACCAGCGCCGAGAAGCUCGUCAUCGCGCGCCAGCUCGCCCGCCUCGGCGUCGACAUCAUCGAGGCCGGCUUCCCGGCGUCCUCCCCCGACGACCUCGACGCCGUGCGGUCCAUCGCCGUCGAGGUCGGGAACACCCCCGUCGGGGAGGACGGGCACGUGCCGGUCAUCUGCGGACUCUCGCGCUGCAACAAGCGGGACAUCGACGCCGCCUGGGAGGCCGUCCGGCACGCGCGGCGGCCGCGGAUACACACGUUCAUCGCGACGAGCGAGAUCCACAUGCAGCACAAGCUGAGGAAGACGCCCGAGCAGGUCGUCGCGAUUGCCAGGGAGAUGGUGGCGUACGCCCGCAGCCUCGGGUGCCCUGAUGUCGAAUUCAGUCCUGAGGACGCCGGCAGGUCAAAUAGAGAGUUUCUGUAUCAUAUACUAGAGGAAGUCAUAAAGGCUGGAGCAACAACUCUCAAUAUCCCGGACACUGUUGGAUACACUCUUCCUUACGAAUUUGGGAGCUUAAUUGCUGACAUUAAAGCAAACACUCCUGGAAUUGAAAAUGCUAUAAUUUCCACCCAUUGCCAGAAUGACCUUGGUCUUGCAACUGCCAACACAUUAGCGGGUGCUCGUGCAGGAGCACAACAGUUAGAGGUGACUAUUAAUGGUAUUGGUGAAAGAGCCGGAAAUGCAUCCUUGGAGGAGGUUGUCAUGGCAAUUAAAUGUCGUGGAGAACUCUUAGGUGGUCUAUAUACUGGAAUCAAUUCCCAGCAUAUUACUAUGACAAGCAAAAUGGUACAAGAGCACAGUGGACUUCACGUGCAACCACAUAAAGCUAUUGUUGGCGCCAAUGCCUUUGCUCAUGAAAGUGGAAUUCAUCAGGAUGGGAUGCUUAAAUACAAAGGAACUUAUGAAAUAAUAUCGCCUGAUGAUAUUGGUCUAACACGUGCAAAUGAGUUUGGUAUUGUUCUUGGGAAACUGAGUGGAAGGCAUGCUGUGAGAUCUAAGCUAGUGGAGCUUGGAUAUGAAAUCAGUGACAAAGAAUUUGAGGAUUUCUUUAAACGCUACAAAGAGGUUGCAGAGAAGAAAAAGCGUAUAACUGACGAAGACAUUGAAGCAUUAUUGUCGGAUGAGAUAUUUCAGCCUAAGGUUAUUUGGUCCCUUGCUGAUGUACAGGCAACAUGUGGAACACUUGGUUUAUCUACAGCAACUGUCAAACUGAUAGCUCCUGAUGGAGAGGAGAAAAUAGGAUGUUCAGUUGGAACAGGUCCAGUUGAUGCAGCAUACAAGGCUGUUGACCAAAUAAUCCAGAUUCCAACUGUUCUCCGAGAAUAUAGUAUGACUUCAGUCACAGAAGGCAUUGAUGCAAUUGCAACAACUCGAGUGGCUGUCACUGGAGAUGUGAGCAACAACACCAAACAUGCUUUGACGGGUCACUCUUUCAAUCGCAGCUUCAGUGGGAGCGGGGCAGCAAUGGACAUUGUUGUGUCCAGUGUCCGAGCCUACCUGAGUGCCCUAAACAAGAUGUGCAGUUUUGCUGGUGCUGUAAAAGCCAGCAGCGAAGUACCUGAGAGCACAAUUGUUCAAACCACGGAAUGAGCCUUGACGUUCCUUUUGGUUCUCAUAUCGGGUGAGCGUGACAUUUCAGGUCAGUAACGGGCUGGUUAAAAUUGUGUUUCCCCUUUGUCAGUGUGAAAAACGUGUUGUUCUUUUGGAAGAUCGUCCCUUGAGCUUAAGAACAGGCAAGAAGUUUUGAGCCUAUCCAGUGAAUUUGUAGUAUCUUAUAGCUGUACUCUCUCAAUAAGGCAAUAAUAAUAAAUCGUUUGUUGGAUUUA